ACUACUCAUUUGGACAUCAUCGACACGCAUGCAAACAUGCACAGAGCUCCGAGUUCUUUCUGCAAAAUACUGAAUUUUACGAGGAGGAUCUGAGAAACCUUGGACACUUGCUCCAUAUGAGGAAGAAAAUCAUCAGCACAACUUGUGUCCUCUUGGGUCUGUUUUCAAGUUUGCAUCUCUGCUCUGGGAAAUUUGGAACGCCAAUAACUGAUGAUGUGAGCAAGCUGUCUGUAUUGAAGCAGAAUAUCCCCUCUGAUUAUGAGAUUCCAGUGAGUUACAUUCCCAAAGAGGUGGCCGGCACGUGCUGGGUGGUUUUAAACAUCUACCCUUUGGAGCGAAGUCUUGAAAAGCUGGCCAGCAUGUUCGGAGCCAUGUCAUCAAACAGAGACGACAUCAACAUCUUCAUCACGAUGCUGAAGAGUUUACGCCUCACCUUUGACCAUGAAGAGCUGGAAACAGCGAUGCAGGUCUCCCAGUGUCACUAUCGAGAAAAGAGCUUACUCUCUGGACUUUACUUUGACUACAUCCAAGACCUCUUGCGCGAGGCCACUCAAGGAACAUCGAGUCUCUCUUGCAAGCCACAGCCAUGCCUUGAUGAUCAGCAAAGAGCAGAAGGUCAGGAGGAGAGUCGCAAAUACAGAUGGUUAAAGAGCAGCUCUUUGCUUUUGGUGCUAAUCCCCUUCACAGCCUGUAUUGUGCUGAUAGUCUGGCGGGUUAAGUCUGGGAGAAACUCAAUAGCGUGCAACACUUCAAAUGGCCAAACCGCAUCUCCUGACACGAUCCCAACUGUGUCUGUCUCCAUCCCACUUCAAACGCUCACCCACGCCGAUGACAGCCAGCCAACGGGGGAGGCAAUCUCUGAACAUGAGAGUGGAACAUAAGAGAGCGAUAAAGCAUAGAAAAAUUAGUGUGGUCUGUCACUUUUCCUGCUUGAGCUCCAGAGGAGCUGAGCUGGUGUAAAGGGAAGGUGUGUUGGCAAAGGUGCCCCAGCUCUUGAGUCGACACAAGAGUUAUCCUCUCAGAAACUGGCUUCCAAAGUUUAAAAAAAUGGUCUUGUUUUGGCUGGUGAAUCACAGCUCUUUAGCUGUUUUUUUUCUGUGAAGUUAAAAGCCUCUUUAUGUCAUUCAAGGUGACGUUGAGUCGCAUUUGGGAACUUAUCACUGGGGCUUUACAUCAGUACAAUACUCCACAAUUCAGAGAACCUUGUUUCGAAAUGGAACAACACGCAUGACAUGAUUGUCCUUUCAUUUCUAUACAAUCAAACAUGAACUCAGAACUGCUCUUUUACUGACUUCUUUUUAAAUCUUUUAAGGAGUUUAUGAAAAAUAAGUCCAGUCCUACAAAAGUUGUGUGAAAAGAAUUCUAAAAGAACCAAUACCUCUCUUGUACUUGUUGUUGAUAUUGUUGUGAUCUGUUUUCUGUCACAAAUUUUGGACCUACUAGUCACAAACAACACUCUGAGUAGUUCAACAAAUGUCUAACUUUAUGAAUCAAAGAUCUGACCAGAUGGCAGAUAGCCAUGGCCAGAGGGCCUUUGAAUCCGGUCAUUGUGCUUCGAAGCUGUUGCACAGUGAACUAUUGCUGCUCCUCAGCCUCUGUGAGUGUGUUGGGAGGUUUUUAAUGCCUCAAUUUCAGAGUCAAUCAAUUUCAGUCAUGAGAGCAUGACUCUCAAGAGUGUGAGUGCUCUUGUACUGUAUGUGUCAGAGACCGGGAGCAAGAGACAGGACAGGACCAGCGAGGGAAAGUGAGGGAGAUAGAGACAGACAGAUAGAUGAACGGAUGAGCUCAGUGAAGAGCAUAAGGAGGGAUUGUUCUCGUCACAAAAGAGCAGGCCGUAGGCUGGAGGAAGUGCCAGUUACAAACAUGACCAAUGUCGACAGAUCUCUAUGAAUCAACAGGCUAAGAAUCUCUGCAGACCGCAGGCUAUGUAGUUGGGUUUGCAGGGACUGGUCAGCAUUUCAAUAACAGUUCAAAUGAUUUACUUCCAAAACAUUCCAAUGACAUGGCUUGUUCUAUAGUGAAACAUUUUGGAUGAGGUUCAAAACCAGAAAAACUUUCACUAUCUUCUCAGUGUACUAUAUCAAUUAAGUUUAUUUUUUUAUUAUUAUUGUCCAAAAUGUGUGUUUUUAUGUGUUUAAGUUAUUUUAUUAUGCUCUGAAUGUCUUUCAAACGCAA